UGGUGGUUCAUCGCAGCGAAAGAGCAUGACCUCGCCACGCGCCUUCGUGUGACAGCCACACUUCAUCGCCAGAAAUUCAAUCCUCUUUUGUCUCUCCUCUGCCCUAAUUUCAAUUUUCUCACAAAUUAAACUGUUUCAUCUCUCGCUUCUAACUCUCGACAAUGAACUUAAUCCUUCCACCUUGAUUCACAACACAACAUAUUCCAAUUCUCUUCCUUCGGAAUCGUCUUCGACGGAGUAGGAAAUUUUAUUGCUGGAAGAAUUGUAUACAGGCAUAGCUGCUGUUGUUAAUAUGGGAUCAGAGAGUCUGGCUCCGAUGGUUGAGACAUCAAAAAACAGGUCUUCUCCUGGUAAAAUGAAGCAAGGGAAAGUUCCUAAGAGAGUUCACAAGGCUGAAAGGGAGAAAAUGAAGCGUGAACAUUUGAAUGAACUCUUUCUUGAUCUUGCCAAUGUACUUGAUCUAAAUGAGCAGAACAAUGGAAAGGCUUCUACAUUGUGUGAAGCUUCUAGGCUGCUAAAGGACUUGCUCUGUCGGAUUGAGUCCCUCAAGAAGGAAAACGUGUCUCUGUUGUCUGAAUCUCGUUAUGUGACCAUGGAGAAAAAUGAGCUGAAGGAGGAGAAUUGUAGCCUAGAAUCUCAAAUUGAGAAACUUCAAGAUGAGAUACAGGCAAGAGUGGUUCAGUCUAAACCUGACCUGAAUGCACCUCCUCAAUUGGAGCUUGAGCCACCAGAGCAGACAAAUUUUCCAGGACAUAGUCUCCAGUUGCCCACCAUAGAACCUACCUUGCAGCAGGGACCUACGGUUUUGGUUGUCCCCUUUCAUCCUGAUCUCCAAGCUGCUUUUCCAGCUCCUAAUGUUGCUGAGCUCACGCCUAAACCUACACCUGUUGUCAGUAAACCACAUCCCAGGUAUCCCACACCAGCAGAUUCAUGGCCAUCAAAGCUGCUUGGAGAUCAACCAACUUCAAGUUAAGCAUGUUAAUUUGUAGAGUUUUAGUUCUAAUUCUAGUAUUGGGAUAACCUGCCAACUAGCUUUCCUAAUAGCAAUGCCUCUCUGGAUCUUUCCUGUAUUAUAUAUUCAAUUAUAUAAGAGAAUUUUACUCAGUUGUUUUUCUCCUAAUAACUUUUCUCUAGGCAUUACUUUUGACUCGAGUUAGUUCAUUUUCUUUUCCUUUGUUUUUUAGGGGCUUAAAGCUUCUAGUUACUUGUAGAUAUGAUUUUUGUGGUUCUUUUCCUUGGGACCAUGGCUAAUGAUUAAGCACUAGAAAUGAAUGGAUUCGUCUAUUCCAGGAUGAAAUCUUUUCUCGG